UUCUGCACCCAUCUCGCCGCCUCUCUACAUGUCUAUGUGGCCACGCCAGACUACCGGUUGGCGCCUGAGCACCGGCUUCCGGCUGCAGUCGAGGAUGCAGUAGAGGCGGUAAGAUGGAUGCAAAGAAAGGGAUUACAUGGAAGUGGGGACACGUGGAUCGGAGAUUGCAUUGACUUUGACCGGGUCUUCAUCAUGGGGGACUCUAGUGGAGGUAACAUAGCGCACCAGCUUGCGAUCCGGUUUGGUUUAGGUUCGAGAGAAAUGGAACCGGUUCAGGUACGAGGUUAUGUGUUGCUGGCGCCGUUUUUCGGUGGGGAGGUUCGGACCAAGUCCGAGGAGGGUCCGCCGGAGCAACUGCUGAAUCUGGAUAUGCUAGACAGAUUUUGGAGGCUGUCAAUCCCUGUUGGAGAGACGAGAGACCACCCAUUAGCAAAUCCAUUUGGACCUAGAAGUCCAAACCUUGAAGAUGUAGAACUUGACCCUAUUCUGGUGAUAACAGGGGGCAAUGAAUUAUUGAAGGAUAGGGCACAGGACUAUGCAACAAGGUUAAAGAAAAUAGGGAAGAACAUUGAGUACAUUGAAUUUGAGGGGAAGGAACAUGGCUUCUUCACUCAUAAUAAUGAUCCACACUCAGAAGUUGAAGAAGAGGUCAUGCAAUUAAUUAGGCAAUUCAUGCUCCAAAAUUCCAAUUAGAACAUUUAAUAUAUAUUAUGGUGAAAACUCAGGUUAAGUCGACUUCACGUGAAGUUGAGAUGUGAGAGCUGUCAGAUGAAAAUUUAGUCAAAUCAACCAAAUCAUCUAUCAGCUCUCAAUUAUUAACUUUACGUGAAGUGGACUGCAUCUGAGUUUCCACCAUAUAUUAUAUAAGGAUAUGAGUGAUGUUAGCUAUGAUACAUUACUUUUUUAUUUUUUUCUAUUUUCCCUUUUGAUUAUUUUGGUUUAGUAAGUAUUAUUUUAUUAUGGGAUUUUUUUUUUGUGGUAAAGAUUGUGAUGGAGAUUGAAGUGUAGAGCAACAUAUUUAAUUAGAUAUACGUUGCUUUCUUGUGGAAAAUACUGGAUGGUAGUUUUGGGUUGUUAUCUUUCAAACUUAGUAUGAAUCCAAUAAUGUUUUGUAACAAA